CGCGCCAGUCGAUUGCGAAACAUGAAAGUGGCGAAAAGUGGCGACAGGAUGGCGUAUCCAUGGACUAAAAUGAAGCCCCUGCUGAUGCUGACAGUGUUAUUGGCCAUUUUCUUCAGCUACUGCCUGGCCGGCAAGACGACCACCAUCGUUAGCCACACAGACACCCUCGAUCCGCAGGCCGAUGGCUUCUGGGCGAACAAGACCACGUGGAACGCGCGCUGGGUGAAGUACUGGCGGGCCAAGAAGAUCUACGAGCCGGUGUGGAAGAAGGUCUGGACACCCACCAUUCACAACGAGUGGGUGCCCCUGCCCAAUGUGCCCAACGACUGGGAGGCGGAGAAGGCUCGCUCCUACAAAUAGCACUGAGACUGAAACAUAGGCUAAGAGUAUUUAUGGUUUA